AUGGUUCUUGCUAACAAGCUCUCUACAUGGCAAACACUGCAACAGCAGUACGAGACCGAAGGAAAGUCUUUGGUCAUGAAGGAUCUCUUCGCUAAGGAUCCCUCCCGAUUUGAGAAGUUCUCUAGAAGCUUCAAGACCUCCAACUCGUCCAUUUUGUUGGAUUUCUCAAAGAACAUCAUCACUGAUGAUAUUUUCAAGAACUUGAUUGCUUUGGCUAAGGAGGCCAAGGUUGCUGAGAUGCGUGAUAAGAUGUUCAGCGGUGAACACAUCAACUUCACUGAAGACCGUGCUGUUUUGCACACUGCCUUGCGCAACUUGUCCAACACCCCUAUCUAUGACAACGGAGAGGACGUCAUGCCUGAAGUCAACGCUGUUCUGGAACAGAUGAAGCAGACUUCAGAGGCUAUCCGCAACGGAACCUGGAAGGGCUACACUGGCAAGGCUAUCACUGAUAUUGUCAACAUUGGUAUUGGUGGUUCUGACUUGGGUCCUGUCAUGGUCACCGAGGCUCUCAAGCCCUAUGCCAAGGAGGGUCUCCAUGCCCACUUUGUUUCCAACAUUGAUGGAACCCACUUGGCUGAGGUUCUCAAGGUUGUCAACCCUGAAACCACCUUGUUCAUUAUUGCCUCCAAGACUUUCACCACACAAGAAACCAUCACCAAUGCUGUCUCUGCUAAGGACUGGUUCCUCUCUUUUGCUAAGGAGCAAUCUCAUGUUGCUAAGCACUUUGUUGCUCUCUCCACCAAUGAGCAAGCCGUUUCUGCCUUUGGUAUCGACACUAAGAACAUGUUCCGCUUCUGGGACUGGGUUGGUGGACGUUACUCUCUAUGGUCCGCUAUUGGCUUGUCCAUUGCCAUCUAUAUUGGCUUUGACAACUUCCAUCAAUUGCUCCUAGGUGCUCACGAAAUGGAUAACCACUUCAAGACUGCUCCUUUGGAAGAGAACUUGCCCGUCAUCAUGGGUGUCUUGGGUGUCUGGUACAACAACUUCUUCAAUGCCCAGACCCAAGCCAUUCUUCCCUAUGACCAAUAUAUGCACCGUUUCUCCGCAUACUUCCAACAGGGCGAUAUGGAGUCCAAUGGUAAAUAUGUCUCUCGCUCUGGUGAGCAAGUCCAGACCUCUACUGGUCCUAUUAUCUGGGGUGAGCCCGGUACCAACGGUCAGCACGCUUUCUAUCAACUCAUUCACCAAGGUACCAAGUUGAUUCCUUGCGAUUUCCUUGCUCCUGUGGAGACCCAAAACCCCAUCUCUGGUGGAAAGCACCACGAUAUUCUCUUGUCCAACUUCUUUGCUCAGACCGAGGCCUUGAUGGUCGGUAAGGACGAACAAGCCGUCCGUGCUGAACUUAAAAAUGACAAGUCGAUCAAGUCCCAAGAACAAUUUGAGAGCAUCGUCCCACACAAGAUCUUCCAGGGUAACCGACCCACCAACUCUCUUUUCUUCCAGAAGCUUACCCCUGCCACUCUCGGAUCUUUGGUUGCUUUGUACGAACACAAGAUCUUCACCCAGGGUGUCAUCUGGGAUAUCAACUCCUUCGACCAAUGGGGUGUUGAACUCGGUAAGCAAUUGGCUAAGGCUAUUUUGCCUGAACUUACUGGUGCAGGUGAGGUCAAGUCACAUGAUGCCUCCACCAAUGGUCUCAUCAACUACUACAAGGCCCACAAGAAGAAUUGA